UUUAUGUCUGGGUGACAGGUCCACUUUAAGAAAUGGAGUACAAGCAUUACAUCUGUUACCUGGAAUGCUUGGUAUUGUGGAUAAGAGGCUUUUGCUUUAUUUAGAGCACCCAAACAACAUUUGGGUUUAAUGGUAAACAUUUAGAAAAUCAAUCUAAAAAUAAGUAUUUGCUUUCAAAAGAAUACCACUUGGGUUCCCUACAGAUGCCUCCCUCCUAAUCCAUGCCCCCCCAAUACUGCCCCAUACCUCAAAAAAACAGAUUACCACACUGGGGUUGGCAGCCCACUUGCCUUCCUCUCUGAGGUAGGGAUCACAAACCAGGAACUUAUGCAGUUCAAGGUUCAACUGCACAUGCUUGUAGUUACCAGAGAGUCAGGGAGAGGGAGUCAAACUGCUAGAGAUGGGGGCUGGCAUCGCACGUGUGCCACUCUACCUUUUAUCAUGAGGUACCGGGGCUGUAUUGGGGCACAGGGUUGGUGCAGAUUCAUUCUACAUAGGUGCUCAUAGAAACACUGGUGGACAAAACACAGAUCUGCUGCAUUCUGCCAUGUCUUCAGAAUGCACUGAUUGGCUUCUUUAGACCAAGUCAGGAGUUUAUAGGUCCUUGUAUAGACCCUUCUGGUGUCCUGCAUCAUCGAUAGCUAGCCAAAAAUCUCAUUCAGGAAAGAAUUGCUUUGGCCUGUUCAUGGGGUCCUCUCCCAUCAGGUCCAUAUCAUGAUCUGAUUGUUGGUCUACAUGUGUACAAAUCAUGAAAAUUUGCUUAUUGCCUAUCUUUGCUAAACCAGUGCAUAUAUAUGUGCAUGAUAAGUUCUGUAUCAAAAACUUCUUCUUUUCCCCUUUUGUCUGUUUUGCUUAAAGGAGAAGGAAAGGUACAAUCACUGGGGCUUAGGCACUCCCCAUUGAUUGUAAUUUCUUACCUGAAAGCCUGGACCGGUACUCCUGUUAGAAGAAAAGUGCAUAAUCCUGCAUACAAGUGAUGCUCUCUCUUUUUUUUUUUUUUUUAGCCAUUUGCACAUGCGCAGUAGAGUGAGAAACUGAACUUUAACAAAAAAAGCAGGCUUUUUUGCUCUAUUGUGCAUGUGUCUGCCCCGGGAUGGUGAAAAAAGUCGGAAGGAAGAGGUACACUGGGUCAGUGCAGUUUUCUGCUAACAGGAGCACCAGCCCGGGAUACCAAGAACAAGGAGAGGAGAUGCGACAUCGCGGUACCAGAGGACCCAGUGCUUAUAUCCCUGUAUCGCAGCUAACAAGUCCAUAUAUGGGUGACAAUAUUGCAGCAGUGAUGGGUCUGCAUCCUGAUUAUCUGCAUGUUUUCUGGAAGACACAGCAUCAACUGCUGCGUAUGGAUGGAGCUCUGUCCCUUCCAGAGAGACACUAUGUGGCAAUAAUGGCCUCUGCUCGGCAUCAGUGCACAUAUCUUGUGUCUCUUCACUCAUCCUGCUUUCUGCAGGUUGGAGGGGAUCACCGUUGGCUGGAAGGAUUAGAUGCUGCCCCUUUGAAACUGCGCAAGCUAAAUGACCUAAACAAGAUCCUUGCUCACAGGCCGUGGUUAAUAACCAAGGAACAUAUUGAGAUUCUUCUGAGCUCACAGGGGGGCCACUCUUGGUCUCUCGCAGAGCUAAUCCAUGCUUUGGUGCUGCUUACUCAUUUUCAUGCACUUUCUUCUUUUAUAUUGGGCUGUGGAAUCUACCUUCCAGAGGAUAAUAAUGCUGUUCCACGCCCCCCCUCUCCAGACAUCCCUCUUAGUGUGGGCAACAGCACACUACAAGAGGCAGAGCGAGUUCUUGCCGAAAUAAAGAAACUGGAUGAGGAAGGAGAAGAGACUAGCCAAGAAGAAAUGGAAACCAGGUUUGAGAGGGAGAAGAGAGAAUGUGCAAUGGUUCCAACUAAUGGUGAUAACAGUAAGCCAGUGUGCUUUCCUGGCAUCCUGCACUUUCUGGAAGACCCAGAUUUUGGCUACAUUGAUUUUACUCGUCGGGGUGAGCAGGCUCCGCCUACAUUCCGUGCCCAUGAUUACACAUGGGAAGAUCAUGGUUACUCACUACUACAGAGGUUAAAUCCAGAAGUUGGACAGCUGCUGGAUGACAAGUUCCAAGUGGCCUUCAACCUAACUUACCACACUUGUGCCACUCAUAGUGGUGUGGACACUUCCAAACUAAGACGUGCAAUAUGGAACUACAUACAGUGCAUCUAUGGAAUAAGGUAUGAUGACUAUGAUUAUGGAGAGGUGAACCAGCUGCUUGAAAGAAGCUUGAAAGUUUAUAUGAAGACUGUCACAUGUCACCCAGAGAGAGUGACCCGACAGCUGUAUAACGACUUUUGGAGGCAGUUUAAACACUCAGAAAAGGUUCAUUUGAACUUUCUCCUGUUAGAAGCUCGACUUCAAGCUGCUUUGUUGUACAGUCUCAGAGCAAUCACACGCUACAUGACAUGAGCUUCUAAGUGAUAUAUUAAGCAAGCAGUUGGUAAAUGGCCUACGGACCAGAUCUAUCUAGUGACUGCUGUGUCUUCAACGCAUAUUUGCACUAACUUGGCUAAGCAGUCUUUGCUUAUGAGAAGAGAGCUUCUAAAUCUGCUUUAAGUGGAGGAGUUUCCUUAUGCCUAAAGAAUGGGUGUCCCUCAUCUUCCACAGGUCUAAAUGUAGCAAGCUUUGACAUUUUGCAGGAAAGUUCCCGCAUUCCCUCUUGUUCACUAAGGCACUGUGGCCACCAUUGCACUGUUCACUGCAUUACUACACCUUUUGGAAUGUUGUGUUCUGUUUACAUUUGGUAUGAUAUGUUAGACAUACAUGUAUGUCUGUUGUACAUAUAUGUGGCACUAGGCAUUGCAUACUUGUACACUACUUUAUGCAGCAUUGCACAUGGAAAAAUUACGUUUAACUGCUACACGGAUUCAUAAUCUGCACUUCCUCCCCCAGCGUGGUCCAGUUCCUUUCAUUUAGUUUUUUAAUAAGAAAUGGUGUUUACACAGGAAGUUGCCUUAAAUAAUGGCACCAUUUUAGUCUAGAAUCUUAAUCGAUUUCACUUUUGUGGAAGCGUGUACAGAAAAUUUUUCCUUUGUGUUGUAUAGUAGUUAUUUCCUACUUGCGGCCUUUCAGCUUCUAGAAGAUUUGGGAAUAGAGUUCAUCAACAGCUAGAAGGUCACAAGUUGGACUCUGCAGUAUUUCUACAGCAACGCACCCCCUCCCCCCUGUAGACUACCUCUUCUUUCAAGGCACCUUUUAAACACAGUGAAUUUUAGACUGUGAAGAACAUUUUCUCAGGUUACUGAUCUUGUUGAAUGUUUAUCUUGCAGGAUUAGCAGAAGGGGGCCUGUCUAACCCCUGUAACUUAUUUCUUGAUUGUUUGUGUUCUUUCACAAAUCUUGUUGAAACAAUAUUUUUUUGAAGUUUGUUAAACUGUGUGAAAUAAAGAUUUUGGUUAUAAAUUUG